GAACUGAGAGGACAGUAAGAAGAAAAAAAGCUUGUUUCUUGCUCCGCUGGACCUCCAGGAUUACUGAGCUUUACUCUCCAGCCUCUGCAGGAGCAGGGCUAGGGUUUAGUCUAGGGUUUGGGUCUGCCUGUUAGCACGUGUCCAGUGUUUCUGUAGCUGCAGGUGACAGAUACAUCGGCGUGUUUGUCCAUUCAUGAGAGACUCAGAGAGAGGAUGGGAGCCCUUCGCCUCUCCUUCGUCGCUCUCUUCUUCCUCUCCUCCUCACCUGUACGAGCCCAGUGGUGGAGUUUGCUCUUUGCUAAACCUAAAACCACGACUUCUCCCUCCAACACGGCUCCAACUAUCACCUCCCUGAGCCCCUCCGAGGCCCCGGGGCCAACAGAGUGGCUGACGGGGAACAAAGCCCCGGAGGGCAGCACCCAGAUAGAGGGGUCCCUGCUGGUCCCGACACCCAGCCAGGAGGUGUCGAUCCUGGGCUACAGCACGGCAGAACCAGGGACGUCUCCUCCACAGGAGAGCAAAGGAGGAGGCAGCAAAGUCAGGGCCCAGUUUAAACCCCUGAAAUACUGGAAGAGUGAGCGAGGCUCCGGAGGUCAUCUGGACCUGACGGAGUUAAUCGGCGUGCCCCUCCCUCCUGCCGUCACCUUCGCCGCCGGCUACGAGGGAUUUCCAGCCUACCACUUCUGGCCCGAAGCCAACAUCGGCCGGCUCACCAAAACCUUCGUACCGGGCUCCUUCUACCAGGACUUCGCCAUCAUCGUCACGGUGCGUCCAGCCACUCAGAAAGGAGGCAUGCUGUUUGCCAUCACAGAUGCCCGUCAGAAGGUGGUGGAGCUGGGUCUGGCCCUGACCCCGGUGCGUGGCGGCCUGCAGAGCAUCUUACUGUACUACACGGACAAAGAGGACGCGUCCCACAGCCACAAGGCGGCGUCCUUCAGCGUCCCGGACAUGACCGACCAGUGGACGCGCUUCACGGUGGUGGUGGAGCAGGACGAGGUGCGUCUCUACAUGGACUGUGGAGAAGCAGAGAGGACGACUUUUCACCGGAGGCCAGAAAGACUCAACUUCUCCCACAAUUCAGGAAUUUUCGUAGCGAAUGCAGGAAGCACGGGGCUCGACAAGUUUGUUGGCUCCAUCCAGCAGCUGGUGAUCAGAGAUGAUCCCAGAGCAGCAGAGGAACAGUGUGAAGAUGAUGAUCCUUAUGCUUCUGGAUACACGAGUGGAGACGACGGUCUGGACGACAGAGAGACGGAGGAGGAGAUGAUGAAGAACCGACCCGGGAGGAAACACGGCGCCGCUCAGGUAGGAAAAACUAAAUCUGACGUGGACAGCGUUCCCGUCAGAGCUCCGCCCACCGAGGCUCCGGAGGCGGAGCUGGAGUACUCGGGUCACCAGAGACCAACAGAGACCAGCGAGGAGAUGCUGAUCAGAGGGCCACAGCGGACAGAGGAGCCAGGGGAGAGGUCACGAGAUAGUAACGUAAAGCACGGGUUGAAAGGAGAGCGUGGAGAUCCUGGACCCAGAGGCUCACCUGGCCCACCUGGUCGCCCAGGCCCCACCCCUCUACCUGGGCAAGCUCAGCCUGGACCAAGAGGGACACAAGGACCACCAGGAGCCCCUGGAUCCACAGGGCCGCCAGGGAGAGACGGACAGAAGGGGAGCAAGGGGGAUAAAGGAGAUCCAGGUCAGAAAGGAUCUCAGGGAUUUCAGGGUUUGGGUGGAGAAGUUGGAGCGAAAGGAGAGAAGGGAGAUGCAGGAGUUGGUGAACCAGGUCCUCCUGGCCUCCCGGGGCCUCCUGGUCCCCCCAGAUCACGCAGCGUACCCUACGGAGCAGAUGCUCUGGGUUCUGGGUUUGAAGACCUGGACAGCGACACUGAGCUCAUCAGGGGUCAUCCUGGUCCACCGGGGCCUCCAGGACCUCCUGGUCCCCCUGGACCCCUGCUAUCAACUGAUACAGCUGGAGGCCUCACUCCAGGGUACGCUGGGCCCCCAGGGGCCCCUGGCAGAGACGGACCUCCUGGAACACCAGGGCCAGCAGGAAGAGACGGGGCCCCAGGCCAACCAGGAGCCACGGGGGAGAAGGGUGGCCAAGGGUUACCAGGGCAACCUGGGCCAAAGGGUGAAUGUGGCUCUUUGGGAACAACAGGGUCCUCAGGGUCUCCAGGGCCAAUGGGUCCACAGGGGAAGAGGGGCCCCUCAGGGCCCCCAGGACCCCCUGGACCUCCUGGACCUCCAGGGACCAAGUUCUUUGUAGAGGACAUGGAGGGCUCUGGGAAGAGUGACCUGCUGAUUGGAGCUGGAGUCAGAGGUCCUCAGGGUCCUCCUGGCCUGCCUGGACCAGAGGGACCUAAGGGUGAUGAUGGAGCCCCAGGUGCUCCGGGGCUUUCUGUCAAGGGCGAGCCAGGGCAGCGAGGGCCAGACGGUCUUCAGGGUCCUGCUGGACUACCAGGAGCUCGGGGAGCCAAAGGAGAAAAAGGCAAUCCAGGAUCCAAGGGGGAUCGAGGUGUUGAUGGACUCAGUAUCCCAGGACCACCCGGACCCCCCGGACCUCCUGGACCUGUUAUUAACCUGCCAGAUCUGCUGCUGCUCAAUGUUACAGAUGGUAUCUUCAACUUCAACUUCUCAGAGAUCAGAGGACCUCCAGGCCCGCUGGGCCCUGAAGGCUUGCCUGGCAGAGCUGGAUUUCCUGGCCCCAGGGGACCAAAGGGAGACUUGGGCCCUCCAGGUAUCCAGGGGCCAACAGGGUUCAAGGGAGAGAAGGGCGAGCCGGGGGUCACCAUUGCUGCAGAUGGAUCCCUUUUAUCAGCGCCCAGAGGCCCCCAGGGGCCCAAAGGCAUCAAGGGCGACCGUGGCUUCCCGGGACCAGCUGGACUCAUGGGCCCAAUAGGACCGACCGGGCAGAAAGGAGAAUAUGGUUUCCCCGGUCGCUCAGGACGCUCCGGCAUGCCUGGAAGAAAAGGAGAUAAAGGAGAUUCUGCUGGCGUGGCGGGACCUCCAGGUCCUCCCGGCCCACCUGGACUUCCAGGAAGAGUUAUUGGGCUUAAAGGAACAGUGUUCCCGGUGCGCCCCAGACCGCACUGCAAAGUGGGACGAGAGGCAGUGACACGCGGCGACUCAUUCGGACCUAAAGGGGAAAAAGGAGACGUGGGGUUACCUGGAGAGCCAGGUACAUCUCCCUCUACAAUAAACACAUAAAUCUAUUCUCCUGGGUUUCCAGAUGGGAUUGUGGGGGCUCGAGGUGAUCAGGGGUAUGAGGGUCAGAAAGGAGAGAAGGGGGACGGCGGUCUGCCGGGUCCUCCAGGACAACCUGGGAGGUCAGGACUUGUGGGUCCAAAAGGUGAAUCCAUUGUGGGUCCCCAGGGACCUGUCGGCCCUCCAGGCCAGCCGGGAGCACCCGGGUUUGGUCGACCUGGUCCCAGAGGGCCCCCCGGCCCUGCUGGACCCCCUGGAGCUCCACCUAUAUAUGGAUCAGAUGUGAGUCUCCCCGGCCCCCCGGGGCCCCCCGGAGCACCAGGAGCUCCAGGAUACGCCAACCCGAUGAACACCUAUAAGACGAGCCACGCUCUGAGCAGAGAGACUCAGCGGGCUGCAGAGGGAACGUUGGCCUACGUGUCGGAGAAAGGAGGAGAGCUGUACGUCAGAGCACGCAACGGCUGGAGAAAGAUCCAGCUUGGAGAGUUGAUCCUCUCUGGACCUUCAGCAGCAGCAGCGUCCCAGUCCCUCAGCAGAUCUGGAGACUGGAGUAGACCACACAGGAUCCACAGCCAGGAGCUCCAGGAGGGCAGUCGAGGGUACCAGCCCAGCUACAACGUGCUCCCACAGACCUUUAACGCCGUCCCGGGGCUCCACCUGGUGGCCCUGAACGCCCCUCUGAAGGGGGACAUGCGGGGGAUCCGGGGGGCCGACUUCCAGUGCUACCAGCAGGCUCGCUCCAUGGGGCUCACCUCCACCUACAGGGCCUUCCUGUCCUCACACCUCCAGGACCUGGCAACCAUCGUCAGGAAGGCCGACCGCAACGACAUGCCUGUAGUCAACCUCAGGGGGGAGGUGUUGUUCAGUAGCUGGAUGUCUAUCUUCUCUGGUAACGGAGGAUCCUUUAACCCUUCCACUCCCAUCUACUCCUUUGAUGGCCGUGACGUGAUGACUGACUCCGCCUGGCCGGAGAAGCUGGUCUGGCACGGCUCCAGCUCGGUGGGGAUCCGUCUGACGUCCAACUACUGCGAGGCGUGGCGGACGGCGGACGUGUCGGUGACGGGCCAGGCGGCGCUGCUGCAGACGGGACGCCUGCUGGGUCAACACGCCCGCUCCUGCUCCAACCACUACAUCACCCUGUGCAUAGAGAACACAUACGUAGGCAACACAAGGAGGACCUGAGGACACACACACACACACACACACACACACACACACACACACGAGUAGAAAACGUGACACACUGCACAUACAUUUGAAUUUGAACACAUGCUGGCACAUAAUGAUGAUGACAUGAAGUUACACAGACAGAAGGCACUUUGACUCAAACAUGCAGAAACAGUUGCAAGGAAGAGUCUGUGAACUACGGAUGCACCAUAUUGGAUUUUUUGCCGAUAUCAAAUUUUUUUACAACUCAUUUAGCCGAUUACCGAUACCGAUAUUUUUUCCCCGCACAACUAACACUUCUUAACGAGCCUCUGGCCCCG